AUGUUUUUGUAUCGAGGGCGGUGUCGGACAGUUAGCACUUCAUUAUCUCCCCAGGGCAGGUCUUUUAAGGAGGUCAGGCUUCCACCGAUUUCCAAUCCCAGAGGUCAAUUCAGGAACAUCUUUUUCACCAUUUCGUCCCAAGCUGGCAAUGCUAUCAUUUAUAGAAGCCACUCUUGUACGGAUUUCAACAACCCAAUUUGGACAGUGUCAGGCGUUUUCUCAUCUUAUUGCUCUCAACAAACUUCUCAAGUAUAUGUCUUUCGAUUUUAUCUGGUUGCUAAUACGGACCAGCGGAAUUUCGUAAUGACUUUAUCCGUAAAUUUCAGCGCUUUUUAUUCGUUAUUCCCUGAUUCUCAGUUUCCAGAGCAGCCGAAUGAUCGAAUUAUUCUUCGUUUUGACGGUUACUACUUUGCUGAACAUCUUCGUGACGUUGACAUCAACUCUGCUUUUCUUCCUAUUAAAACAUCCUACACUCUAAUCCAACUCAAGCAAAUUCUCUACCUUGCUCAAAAGAUUGAACUAGCCAAAUCGCGGUAUGCCGAACUCCAGGAGGACUUUUGCACAUUCCUUGAAGAACAACGCGAGGCCACUGAGACAGUGGAUAAAAUGAACACCACAUAUGUUCGUAUUUCAACUCUACGAAAUCGUAUUCACUCUCUGAAUAAAAAGAUAAGCAGCCUCAAUUCCCGAGUUGAAUCAAUCAAUUCACAAAAAGCAGAACUUGAUAAGGAGGAAGACAGAUUACUAGUGCUGUCAGAAGCCUGUAGCCAAAAAAUGGCGCGUAUCGGUAGCUGUCUUCGGACGAAGAAAUUGGAAUUGACUAAAAUGCUUCAGCUGUGCAAUCUUCGACGCUUUCAUAUGCUCUAUGAGGUGGCGACUUUCUAUCCCAUUGAAGUGGUCGGAGCGACCUCUGCGGCUGGGAAGACGCCGCCAAAUCCGUCAAACUAUCUAUUGACAAUCUGUGGUUUACUACUGCUGGAAAGUGACGCUCCGGGAACAACCACUUCCACCGCACCAGCCUCUUGGAUAGACGUGGGCAACGGGAUGCUGAUACACAAGAAGCCCUCCUGCCUCAUUCAAGACGAUGGAGAGGAGGGACAGCGUUUGUCCCAAUCAUUACGUGGCCUCCUCCUCACUAAUCGGAUGCCUACGGCGUGUGCUGCCCUCCUCCAUAUUGUUUGCCUCCUCCGGCUCUUCUCUACCAUCCUGAAUGUGCCCUUGAGAUAUCCCAUGGAGGAGGCUUCUUCAAAUCCGAGUGAUGCCUUUCGGCCACGGAUUUUGGAUCCGUUUAUGGUGAAUCGCUUUGGGGGGAGGUACGCAGUAGUCCUCCUCAACCGAAACAUUGUUAAUCUUCGCGCAUUCUUCAAUCUAUCAACUUCGAACACCAGGGCCGCCUUGUGGAACAUCAAAAACCUUCUGGAGGCCCGUCUUCUUUACAUCGACUCGGGGCAGAGACUCCCCAAGGAGGAUCGGAAAGAGAAGGUAAAAGAAACAUGA